UGCCAUUUACGUUCAUGACACCCGUUGAGCAAGCUCUCCCUUUGCACAUCUCGCAGAGUUUUACACCGAUUCUGUGUCAGACGGCAGGUCAUGAAGACUGAAAGCGACGCUCCGAAGACACCAACGCCCACACAAACUCACGCUCAGACGUCGUAUACUGCACAAUGGGGUACCACACAUAUACCAAUUGAUCCUGCGCUUCAGCAGCAAUCUCAACACGCCACGUUAAGCCAUCUCUUUGUUCCUCUCCGUUCGGAUACUUAACAUGUCCAUCUUAUCCAGAACAACUCCAUAUUCUUACCAGUACACUCACCAUUAUCCUCAAGCCGCGUAUUCGCACUACUCAUAUGUUCAACAACAACAGCAACAACAACAAAUCCAGAGGCCGCAGGCCUCAACAGCAGCUCCUGUAACAGCAGCAGCUACCCAGCCCGCAAAUGCGAAUAGUGGGAUGGACACCUCCGACGUUGCCACUUUGAAUGAUGCUCUUGGGAGCGCGGGUGUUGAUCUUCGGGCGGAGGAAGAAAGUCUGCAGAGGUCCCAUGACUCGCAUCAGUCAUAUCGGACCUUCGAAGACAGAUCACGUAAACAACCAGUUACUCCUUCCUUCGACACACGCUUCCUCGGUGCCACCAUGCGCACCAUUGGCACGGAACACAAGGUGACAAAAAUCCCGGAAGAUUCGGUGAAUUACUUGGCUAUCGCUCUCCGUGCUCGCCUACAAGACCUCGUUACUGCGAUGGUUGCUGCAGCGAACCACCGUACGGAUACCCAGUUUGACCGCCCGGCAUGUCCGUACGAUAACGGUACGCCGAUGUGGAGCAUAGUCGUGCAGAGUGAUGUCGCUAAGCAACUGGCUGCAUUGGAAAAGAUUGAGCGAGAGGAAGAGAUGAAAGUUCGAAGAGAGCGCAAAGAACGCGCUGAUCUCGCCGCUGCGCAUGCUGCUAACCUCGCUGCACAGGCUUCAGGUGGCAAUGCUAUGGCCGUUGACGGAGAUGAGGAGGGAGGUGCGAAGAAGAAGAAGAAGAAAGAGGGACCUGGUGUAACAGCGAGGAAUAUGUCUGAAGAUGUGCGAAAAAAGAUGUCGAACGCUGUCGCAAGUCAGGCUGCUGGACUUGGUGGGAAGUACUCAUGGCUGAACGCUGCAAAUGCCCCUGCGGCUGGUGCCAAACCAAAGCCUACGGCAUCUUCUCCUACUAAACCAAGUACUGCCACCACCACAACCCCUGCGACUACCACAGCUCCUGCAGCAUCAACAACUGCAGCAACAUCCUGGGCGCGGCCAUAUAUGGGGGGAAAGAAAGGCAGUCCGACAUCACCACAAACGGGAGAGGAUGAUGAUCGAAUGUUAAUCACCACGCGCGACGCAAUGUUCGCCAUUGAGAAGGAAAGGGGUCAUGGAGGAGGUCGUGGAUCUGCUCGUGGAUGGUCAUAGCCGUUUGUACUUGCUUGUGUUGUUUAGACCGUUUGUUAUCGCUGGUCGUUUGUUUUCUCUGAGCAGUUUCGUGUCUGCACCUGACCUCAAGCAGACACAGCCACUGAAUACGCCUACUCCGUACCUCCGAUCAGGGAUUUGCAUGAUUUGAUUCCGGUGAUGCGGGAUUGUAGAUCAUCAUUGCACGCGGUCAUAGUAUGAAUUCAUAUGCACAGCAUCAGGAUGGAGUGGUGGCGAAUCUAAUAAGAAAAGCUAGGGAGAGAUUUAACGCUAGUACUUGAUCACAGCUUCGGGCAUACGAAAGGCAUCUAUGUUUUCGUACAAGUCUAGCAGGCCC